AGAGAGAAGGGGAGGCGUCACCCUGGGUGUAGGGGACUGGGAGGGGCGGCGCGAAUAUUGUAUAAAAGCUCAAUAGCGAGACAGGGGCGCCUCGCUCGCCCAAUAUCAGCCCAGGGAUCGCCGGCCGUGCUUAAGCCGCCCAACCUUGGGAUUUAAGCAGCAAAGUUUGGUGAUCCUUGAUGCCGGGACUCUCACUGAGACAAACUCAACACCUGUGACCACACCGACUCGGGAGGUGUUGGUUUUCCCACAGUAUAAACAGGAAGAAUUUGUCACAUUGCAACACUUGAAUUCUCACUAUUCUAAAAUAAAACCAUGAAGGCUGCAACAUCACUGACUGGAGCUCUGGACACGCUGCUCUUUUGGAAUAUUAUUAAUCUGUGGGGCGUGGGGGCUAAAGUGAACAUUCCCAGACUCAAGCUGACUUAUAAAGACCUGCUGACUGCCAAUAGAUCUGUUAUCUUCUUUGGCCACCGUGGCUUCCUGGAUUUCCGUUCCAUGUUUCUGGAUGAGUAUCGUGAUGAGCUGUUCAUUGGAGCCAAAGAUACCCUGUACUCCCUUCAACUUGACCAGCCAGCCAUUGAUGCCAAGGAGAUUUACUGGCCUGCGCUGCCCGGUCAAGAGCAGGAAUGUGCCCUCAAGGGAAAAGACCCAUUUAGUGACUGCGCCAACUACGUGCGGGUUCUGCACCCGUACAACCGCUCCCACCUGCUGGCCUGUGGGACGGGUGCCUUUGAGCCGCUGUGUGCCUUGGUGUAUAUGGGCCACCGAGGGGAGCGCGCCUUCAGGAUGGAGAUCAACAGCGUGGAAAAUGGACGAGGCAAAUGUCCUUACGACCCGAACCGACCUUUUGCAAGCAUCUUUAUUGGUGGUGAGCUUUACACGGGCCUGACUGCUGACUUCCUGGGGAGGGACCCCGUCAUCUUCCGCAGCCUGGGGUCUCGCUCCGCCAUGAGGACUGAGCUGGACCAGCGUCUGUUGCAAGAUCCCAAGUUCGUGGCGGCUCACCUCAUCCCGGACAACAUUGACCGCGACAACGACAAGGUCUACUUCUUCUUCACCGAGAAAGCGAUGGAGUCAGAGGGCAAAGUGCGGGCCAUAUACAGCCGGAUCGGGCGCAUUUGUGCAAAUGACGCUGGAGGCCAGAGAGCGCUGGUGAACAAAUGGAGCACAUUCAUCAAAGCCAGGCUGAUUUGCUCUGUCCCAGGGCCUGACGGCAUCGACACCCACUUUGACGAGCUUGAGGAUGUCUUUGUCCUAAGGACCAAGGAUGAGAAGAAUCCUGAAAUCUAUGCUAUCUUUAGCACAAUAAGCAACGUAUUCCAAGGCUACGCUGUUUGUGUGUAUCAUAUGGCUGACAUCCGAGAAGUCUUCAAUGGACCUUACGCACACAGGGAAGGGCCUGAUUAUCAAUGGACGGCUUUUGAGGGCAAAGUGCCGUAUCCAAGACCUGGGUCUUGCCCCAGUAAGAUAACCACCCAGCCCAGUCGCCGAAACACCAGUACCAAGGACUACCCAGACGAUGUCCUGCACUUUGCCCGGAGCCACCCACUGAUGUUCCAUUCUGUGUAUCCAAUAAACCAGCACCCUGUGCUCAUCAAGACCAACGUCCAGUACAAGAUGACCCAGAUAGUCGUGGACAGAGUGGAGGCAGAGGAUGGGCAGUACGAUGUCAUGUUCAUUGGGACAGAUACUGGAAUGGUACUGAAGACAAUCGCACUGCGGAAGGGGAACGCUGUGCAGAGUGAGGAAGUCAUUCUGGAGGAGCUCCAGGUCUUCAAGGUUUCAAAUCCCAUCACGGCGAUGGAGAUCUCGGUGAAACGGCAACAACUGUACAUCGCCUCAAGAGUGGGGGUGGCCCAGGUGAAGCUCCAUCAGUGUGAGACAUACGGCAGUGCCUGUGCUGAGUGCUGCCUGGCCAGAGACCCUUACUGUGCGUGGGACGGCAGCACAUGCACCAGAUACCAGCCCACGGCCAAGAGACGCUUCCGAAGGCAAGAUAUCUGGAACGGGAACCCCAUUCACCAGUGCCCGGACCAGAAUUUGAGUGUGGAAGAGUUUGACAACGCGGAGGAGAGGGUGGUCUAUGGGACUGAACACAACAGCACCUUUCUUGAAUGCAUUCCAAAAUCUCUUCAGGCGUCUGUCAAAUGGUUCAUCCAGCGAGCUGUGGAUCAGAAGAAGGAUGAGGUGAAAACGGAUGAGAGGAUCAUCAAGACUGAACAUGGCCUCUUGUUCAGGAAGAUUUACCGGAUGGAUGAAGGCACGUACUACUGCCAGACCAUGGAGCAAGGCUUCACCCAGACGGUGACCAAGAUCUCGCUGGAGGUGCUGGAGAACGAGCAGCUGGAGGAAAUCUUCAACCGGGACGACGAGGAGCGCAGCAACCGGCCCUGCACCCCUCAGCCGCGGAGGCCGCACAGCCACAAGCCCUGGUUCAAGGACAUCAUGCAGCUGAUCGGCUACUCCAACCUACACCGGAUGGAGGAGUACUGCGAGCGGGUCUGGUGCAACGAGAAGCAGCGCAGGAAACGCAAGAUGAUGGCCGGCAAGUGGAAGUUCCUGUCGGAAGGGGGCAAGAAGGGGAAGAGCAGACCCCGCAACAGAACGCCCAGGCACGUCGCCGGCACAUAGACCUGGCCCGGUUCCACACGCAUUGGAGGAUCUCCAGAGGCCAAACUUUAGACUAGGCUUUCAUGGGACAGCAAAGUAACCGUGCAUUCAGAAACAUUCCUCAGCUGGGGCUAUGACCCUCACUGCUCAAAACAUCAGGAGAAAAAUAUGGAACCAAAGGUCACCAAAGUCUUUUACUGUUACUACAACCUUAACUCCAUCAACUAAGUUACCAUAUUAUUUGUGAAUCCACUGCAUCAUAUGAUCUCAUUUUUUUUUAUCAUGUUGAAAAGUAACAUUAAGAUCUGUGUAUUUAUACAUGUUAUUUAAUAAUUCAUUAGAAAUUCAAUAGAGGGAUGGAUAAAUCAAUUCAGUAAAUGACAGAGCAAGAUCUGAUACCUUUAGUACACCAGAGUGUAUCUUGUUCAAUGCCUGGUACAUGUCAGUACCAUGUCUUUGAUAGCAUCAGUCAAAGACGCGUAUUAGAUUAGGAAUGGAUGGGUAUCAAAGUGUGCACAGUACUGUCUUGGGGAGAACUGGACACCCAACUUUUCUGGGCAAGAUUUGAUCCUUUAUAUUUUCACGAGUUCAUAAGUCAAUUGUGCAGAAAUAGGCCAUUUGGCCCAUUGAUUCUACUCCUCCAUUCAAUCAUGGCUGAUCUAUCUAUCCCACUCAACCCCAUUCUCCUGCCUUCACCCCGUAACUUUUGACUCCCUCGCGAAUCAGGAACCUAUGGCUUAUGGGCGCACAGUGGCGUAGGGGUAGAAUUGCUGCCUUACCGCGCCAGAGACCCGGGUUCAAUCCUGACUACGGAUGCGUCUGUAUGGAGAUUGGACGAUCUCCCCAUGGCCCGCGUGGGAUUUCUCCAGGUGGUCCAGUUUCCUCCCAAACCCCAAAGACAUACAGGUUUGUAGGCUAAUUGGCUUCUGUAAAGUUGUAAAUUGUCCUUAAUCUUUGUACCAUACUGACCAGUGUGUGGAUCGGUGGACUGAAGGGCCUGUUUCCGUGCUGUAUCUCUAAACUAAACCUGGUAAUCUCCACUUUAAAAAUACCCAAAGACUUGGCCUCCCCAGCCGUCUAUGGCGAUGAAUUCCACUGAUUCACUACCCACUGCCUAAAGAAAUUCCUCCUCAUCUGCUUUCUAAAGGUUCAUCCUUUUAAUCUGAGGCUGUGCCUUCUGGUCCGAGACUCUCCCACUAGUGGAAACAUCCUCUCCACGUCCACUCUACCCAGGCCUUUCAUUAUUCGGUAAGUUUCAUUGAAAUCCCCCCUCAUUCUUCCAAACUCCAUCGACUACAGGUCCAGGGCCAUCCAAAGCUCAUCACUUUACUAAUCGACAUGGAAAGUGUGCCCUGAUGUUUGAGGGAGAUUCCAUUAUCAUUAGAUUUCCAGGUGUCAAUAUGUGAGGUCCGCUGGUGAGGAAACUGAGUGAGCUAACUCCACUGCUUCAUAGAAAAUAGCUUUGCAGACCAAACUCUGAGCAACAGUCCUUGCUUUAUGAACCUUUGCAACUGGAGAAAUAUGUAUCCUCAUAGAAAUACAUACAUUUAUCAACAUGCAGAAGAAUAUACUCUAAUGCAUGCAUUCCAAUGCAGGAACAGGGAACUGCUGACAAAAACACAAAGUGUUGGAGUAACACAGAACCAACCCAAGACGUUGCCUAUCCACGUUCUCCAGAGAUGCUUCUUGCCCCACUGAGUUACCCCAGCAUUUUGCAGUACCUUCCAAUGAGGACAUUUUACAAGAUAUAUAUUUCAAAGGCUAUCAUUCAAUGGUACGUUCUGAAAGAUCACCUUGAAGGAAUAUCCUUCAAGGAAUAUAUUCCAAUGGAUAUAUUACAGUAGAUAUUUUCCAUCAGCUAUGGGCGACACUGUGACGCAGGGGUGGAGUUGCUGCCUUACAGCGCCAGAGAUCCGGGCUCGAUCCUGACUCCAGGUGCUGCCUGUACGAAGUUUGCACGUUCUGCCCAUGACCGUAUGGGUUUUCCUUGUGUGCUCCGGUUUCCUCCCACAUUCCAAAGACGUACAGAAUUGUUGGUUAAUUGGCCUUGCUAAAGGUUGUAUAUUGCAUCUUAUAGUAGGACAGUGCUAGUGUAUGGGGUGAUCGCUGGUCGGCGUGGACACGGUGGGCCGAAGCGCCUAUUUCCGCGUUGUUUCUCUAAACUAAUCGAUUGUGCAAUUGGUGUAUACAGAUGAGUAUAUUCUGAUGGAUAUAUUCAAAGAUAUAUAACAAUAGGCAUAUUCUAAUGUUUAUGAAUUGUAUAUUCUAUCGUAUAAACUUUGAAGGAUAAGCUCUGAUAUUUCCAUUGGCUAUAUUCCAGUUGCUUUUCCAUGCUUCACUGCGUGCUUAUCACACUUCCGUCAUUUCCCAUUGCCUGAAUGAAGUUCAUUUUAAUGCUGUUUAAUUAAAACCAGACUUAAAGAAAAACAAGUUGUGAUUUACGUUGUAAAUAGAGGACCUGGCAUUGAUCAGAAAUACAUUCGAUUAUUUUCAUGAACUGCAGGAAAAAAAAUAGCUUAGCGUGAGAUUUUAUUGGGGGUAGAAUAAAAUUCAGAUGCGAAUUUUGCAACUAAACAAUUUCUGACUAUUGCGCUUUUGGUCCUUAACAAUACUGGAUAAACAUGCUAUCAAUUCUUCAGUGAAAGUCUCAUUUCAAGUUACAAUGUCCAAAAAUGGAAUAAAUUAUCUGCACUGUUUCAAAUGGAUUAGAUGGAAAUAAAAAAUAUAAUUAAUACAGAGUUUGUACAUUCUCCCUGUGAUCCCGUGGGUUUUCUCCUGAUCCUCUGGUUUCCUUCCGCAUUCCAAAGACGUAUAGGGUUGUAGGUCUGAAGAUUGGUUCAGAUCCAAAAUGUCAUCUAUUUUUGGCCAGAGAUGCUGCCUGAACCAUUGAGUUACUCCAGCAUUUUGUGUGUAUCUUUGAUAUAAACCAGCAUCCACAGUAGUUUCCUACACAGGUUUAUAGAUUAAUUGGCUUUGGGAAAAAAAUGUAAAUUGUCCCUCGUGUGUAGAAUAGUGUCAGUGUCUGGGGUGAUUGGUGAUCGGCACUGUAUCUUUAACGUUUAAGAUCUAAAGAGAAACUUUCGAAAGUGCAUUAAACACAUACUCAAAAAAGAAUACUUGUCUUGGUCCAUGGGGAUUGAGCAGAGAUUGGGGGACAAGUGGAUUCCUCUUGGUGGAGAUGUCCGGGCGGCACAGUGGCGCAGCUGGUAGAGCCGCUGCCUCACAGCACCACAGACCCAGGUUCGAUCCUGACCUCGGGUGCUGUCGGUACGUGGGUUUAUGACCACGUGGGUUUUCUCCUGGUGCGCCGGUUUCCUCACAUAUCCCAAAGACGUGAAGGUUAAUUGGCCCUCUGUGAAUUGCCCCCUAGUGUGUAGGAUGGGAUAAGAUAUGGGUGACCAAUGGCCUGCAUUUACUCAGGAGGCUGAAGGGCCCUUUUCCACGCCAUAUCUCUCAAAAACCAACAUUCCUACAGGGAGUGAUUGGGUGAGACUGGACCUUGAUGAUGCUAGCAACCUUGUAAAAAAAAAUGCAAGUCUUCAAAUAAAUUGCUAUUGGGUUAUUCAAGUAACCAUAUGCCACAGCUGAAAUCAUUCUGAUUUUGGUUACUGUGUACAUGCUUGAAGGGUGGCAUUGCUGGUCUUGCCUCACAGCACCAGACUCACAUUUCCAAUACCCUCCUCCAUUUGUGAUUGAUCGAUCAAAUGAAUGAAUGAAUGAAAUAUACAGCAUUGAAACAGGUCCUUUGGCCCAUCGUCUACACAAUGGACCAUGUGGCUUAUUUCCGAGUGCUCUGGUUUCCUCUCAAAGACAUGCAGGUUGGUAGAGGUAGAGAAAAUAAUCCUAUGAUUAAGGGCCACUGAUCAUCCAAUGGAUAGACACACAGUGCUGGAGUAACUCAGCGGGUUAGGCAGCAUCUCUGGAGAAAAAGGAUGGGUGACGUUUCGGGUCGGGUCCCUUCUUCAGAUUGAAAGGCGGUGGGGUGGAGGAGGUAAAGAGCUGGAGGUGAAGAAAGACCAGGACUAAGCAAAUAGCCUCAGGCAGGACAUUGCCUGGUAGGUCCACUGGAGGCUAGGAAGGGGUGACCCAAAGAGGAUCAAUGUUGAGAACUAUGGAACUGGUAAAAUGACUGGGGAGGAGGAAGGGGGCAAGGAGAGAGCGGGAGGGGAGCGUUUGUGAAUUGCCCAGUUAUUUUCCAAUUGGCGACAUUGACUGACUAAUGACAGGACAGUGUGGCGUGGCAAUUGGUGACCUAACACAUGCCUCUAGAAAGCGUACCACCACUGGCAACUCACCAGAGAGGUUUCGGGAGCCGUUGGUUAGAAGAGGGUACAGGAAAAUAAUUGGGAAAAUAUGAUAGUGCUGAGUAAAACAAAUCAAAAAUCUAAUCACUCCCCUAUUUGUAAUUGUGAAUAUACCGUCACUGAGCAACAUUGGUAUGGUGUUCCUUAUCAAUGACUAUUGCUUCACGGAGAUUUGUGUCCAGUUGCAAUUUGUAAAAUACUGUAUAUAUUUACUUUGUAGUAUGUUGUACAAGAUUAGUUAUUACAGUUCAUGUUUUCUCUCUUAUUGAUUGUGUUUCCAGUUAUAAAUUGCCUCAAAGCUUGGAGUUUGAAUACGACGAUGGGACAAUGUGAUUUUCAUUUUAUUUUUCUUUAUUGAAAGAAUUACUAAGUAUUUAUGAUUACAGACGUAAAGCUGCCGAGAUUCCUUGGUCUACUGACCCACAGCAUCGCAAGUUGAAGAUGUGAGGGUUUAUUGGCCUUUGAAAAUUGCCCUUAGUGUGUAGAGUGUGGAUGAGCAAGUGGGAUUACACAGAACUAGUUGCUAACCAGCGUUCGAUGGCCGGCAUGGACUUGUUGGGCCAAGGGGCCUGUUCUUAUGCUGUGUUUCUAUAUUAACAAGUCUGAGACAAAACUGGUAGUGCUGCCACCUCACAGAACCAGAGAUCCUGGGUUCAAUCCUGACCUCUGGGUCGAGGUGCAGGUUCUCCCUGUGACCGCAUGGGUUUCCUCCGGGUGCUCCGGUUUCCUUCCACAUCCCAAAGACGUGCGGGUUUGUAGGUUAAUUGGCCUCAAUAAAAUUAUCCCUAGCAUGUAGGGAGUGGAUAUGAAAGUGGGAUGACAUAGAACUAAUGUGAACGGGUGAUCGAAGGUCAGCGUGGACUCGAUGGGCAGAAUGGCCUGUUUCCAUGCUGUAUCUCUAAAUUCUAAACUCUAGGAAAUAGCUGAGUAGAGGUUCAUUGUCACAAACCCCUGGAAUAUUUGGAAAGGGAAGUUUAUUUUAAAACACCGAUUCUGAUUCUUGUACCUAGGAAGUAAAAGAAUGGAAGAAGAUUUUUUUUUUGAAAGGAGCUCAGUCUGUGAUGUGGAUGUUUAGAGGAGCAAAUAUUUCUCCAUAAUGCUGUAAAUCUUCUUUAAUUUAAACCAAGUGACCAUUGGCAUUCUGCAGCUUUAAUUAUUUUUAAAUGGAACUGUGUUAAAUCGAACACUGUAUUUAAUCAGUUUUCAUAGAGUUUAGUUGUAAUGUUUACUUUGUGUGUAUUUAUACUCUUUCAUUUCAAUAAAGCUGAAGUAUAUUAGAAUACGGCUUUUAAAUGUGAA